AUGCAUGAAUUUUCGAAUAGAGAAUUACGGCGGAAAGCUAAGAGGGAAGAGAAGAGACGGUGGCUUGAGGAGCGCGACGAAAUGAAGUUCUCUCAUAGCAUCCAGUUUAAUGCUGUUCCAGAUUGGAGCAGUCAUUAUAUCGCAUAUAGCAACCUUAAGAAACUAAUUUACGGACUCGAAAAGACCGUUCACCAACCUGGCGUUUCCGAUGUCGAAACCCGCCCACUCCUGCGUAAUGAGGAUCCCGAAACCGUUUUCGGCCGAGCGUUAGACGUGGAACUAGAGAAGAUCUCAUCAUUUUAUGGCGUCAAGGAAAAGGAAUUAUUUGACGAGGUCGAUGAUCUUUUGCGUGACUUUGGAUCACCUGAGUCAGAUGGCUACGACGAACCCGAGCUCCCGCAGCGGCCCGCUAGCGAGCAAGCUAAACCUGCCCGUGGUGCCCAGAGCAUGCGAAGCGGCCGGAGUGCCUACAGCACACGCUCGACUGACGAUGGCGUCGAAGAAGACAGUGAUGAUGAUGAUCAAGACGAGACUUCGGCCCUCAACAGGAGGCGUCGAUCUAGCCUCGGUGGCGGUUUGGGUAGACGACGUACCGUUCCUAGCGUGAUGCUUGCCUCGACCGACCUCACAGCUUCGACCGAUCUUACUAGAUCGCGCCGAUAUAGCGUUGGUUAUGAUGACUACGCCGAGGCUGCCCAAAUGCUUUCUUCUGAUAUUAUGCUGAAGAAACGCAUUAUAAGCCUCUACGUACAGCUAUGCGAACUCAAGUCAUACGUGCAACUGAACAAGACGGGCUUUAGUAAGGUUCUUAAGAAGUUUGACAAGAUCAUCGAUAAAGAAUUUCGACCGAAAUACAUGGAGGACACCGUCGAGUCAUCGUAUCCUUUUCUACCCGAGACAAUCCGGCAAGUCGAGGGAAAUAUCGCCCAGAUGGAGAAGGCAUAUGCCGAUGUAGUAACGCAUGGCGAUGAGGCUCUUGCUAAGAAAGAUCUACGAUCGCACCUGAGAGAGCAUGUUGUAUGGGAACGAAACACGGUCUGGCGAGAACUCAUCGGUCUUGAGCGUCGCGCUGAGGCCGCAACUCUCGGCAGUGGCCUUUUGGGUGCUCAGAACGACGGUAUCAAGUUGAGGCUACAAGGUGAUGAUGCGCCUGUCACUCCCAUGAAAGAAAUUGACACACCGGUUGGACGCUUUACCUGUCCGACAUGGUUGUUCAGCUCGACUAUGUUCACACUUAUUGGCAUCAUCGCUAUAUUUUUAGUAAUGCUCUUUGUUCCUAUUGUGGAGAAAUCCGAGCAGCAGAACUGUUUGGCUAUGCUGGUGUUUGUAAGUUUGCUAUGGGCUACCGAGGCAAUACCGCUCUUUGUGACGUCUCUGUUGAUACCAUUCCUCUGUGUGGUUCUCAACGUCGUCCGUUUAGAUGAUCCGCCGUACACGCGGCUAGGCUCUAAAGCUGCAACUACUUACGUAUUCGCGGCCAUGUGGACACCGGUCAUUAUGCUGCUGCUGGGAGGCUUCACUAUUGCCGCCGCCUUGUCUAAAUGUAAGAUCGAUAAGCGGAUUGCGACUUUCGUCCUUAGCAAGGCGGGUACGCAGCCGCGUACUGUCCUUGUCGCUACCAUUAACGUAGCAGCUCCCGUGCUCUGCUUCUCUAUUAUCGAGGUCGGUAACCCGAUGUUGCGCAAUCUCCCCUCGGGUUCCAAUAUGUCCAAAGCAGUGAUCAUGGGCAUUGCACUCGCUUCCAACAUUGGUGGUAUGCUUUCUCCUAUCGCCUCGCCCCAGAACGUCGUCGCACUGGGUAUUAUGGAACCGGCGCCAACCUGGGGUGAAUGGUUCUUCGUUGUUAUCCCUGUGGGUAUCGUAUCGAUACUCCUUAUCUGGAUCCUCCUCCUCACUACAUUUCAACCCGGCAAAGGUACUACUAUCGUGCCGAUUAGACCGGUCAAGGAACCGUUCACUGGCUUACAAUGGUUUGUGUCCGCCAUUUGUAUUGCCACCAUCGGGCUCUGGUGCGCGAGCCAUCAGCUGGAGGCAACAUUUGGUGAUAUGGGUGUUAUUGCUAUCAUCCCAAUUGUGCUCUUCUUCGGCAUUGGUAUACUCACCAAGGAAGACUUCAACAAUUUCCCGUGGACUAUUAUAAUCCUCGCAGCGGGAGGGUUAGCUCUCGGUAAAGCCGUUAAGUCGUCUGGACUUCUUCAUACGGUAGCUGAGGGUAUCUCCCAGGAGGUGAAUGGGGUGGAUUUGUACGGUGUCCUACUGAUUUUCUCAAGUCUGACUCUGGUGAUUGCAACAUUUAUCAGUCACACGGUAGCUGCGUUGAUUAUCCUACCGCUUGUGUCGGAUAUCGGGAAGGACAUGGAUGAACCGCAUCCUAAUCUUCUCGUCAUGGCCGCGGCGCUUAUGUGCAGUGCAGCGAUGGCGCUACCGACGAGCGGUUUUCCUAAUAUGAGUAGCAUUAGAGCGGCCAUGCUCUCCGCUUUCACGGCUCGUCCCAUCAUCGAGCUUAAGCAGCGUGAUAAGUCUCGAAUAGAAGCCAUAUUAGCAUAUGGCGAUCGCGUUCUCGUCGGCCUGAACACGGGCUCGCUGCGAAUAUACCGUCUCAACGAACUAACCCAACCACCCGCCUCCUCCGCCUCUAAUGGUGUGUCUUCCUCCCCAACAAGUGCCCAGCCGAACGCGAAUCCGGAAUCUGCUUCAUCAAAACCCACCGAUCUCCUUCGAGAAGUCGAGAAGUUCUCGACACGCGCUAUCGAGCAGCUCGCCAUCAUCAAAGAAGCCAAUACCCUCGUUUCUCUCUCCAACUACCAUGUCUCUCUACAUGACCUGCAAUCCUAUGAGUUGGUGGACACGAUAGCGCGGACAAAGAAUGCCACCUGCUUUGCUGUCACUAGCAAUAUUGUCAAGGAUGCUGCCACGGGUAUCCCGGAGAUUAUCAGUCGCCUCGCCGUGGCCGUAAAACGGCGGCUAUUACUAUGGAGUUGGCAUGAGAGCGAAUUGCACGACGAGGUGAUCGAGAUUACGCUACCCGAAGCUAUCAGGACAUUGACUUGGGCAAAUGCGACUAAAGUUGUCUGCGGUAUGAACGCAGGAUACGUCCUUGUCGAUGUUACGACCGCCGAAACGCAAGAGAUCGUAGGGCUUGGCGCUGCCGCAACUGGUGGGCAGGGAACUAGGUUUGGCGCUGCGAGUAUGGGCUAUAUGGGACUGGGUGGAUAUAUGCCGAAGCCGCUCGCCACAAGGUUAGCUGAGGGUGAGAUGCUUCUCGCCAAGGAUAUCAAUUCACUCUUCGUCGAUACCGACGGAAAGCCCUUAGAGAAACGCCAGGUACCUUGGCAGAGCGCGCCUGAGACCCUUCAGCCGCCAGCCAAAGGUACCUUGGAAGUACGGAAUCCAGAAACCCUUAGUCUACUGCAAACGAUAGAACUUCCUGGUGCUGCACAGCUACAUUUCCCACCGCCUACUGUUAGUCUUGCUCAUGCAGGCAAGGGCUUCCACAUUAGUAGUGAGCGAGCCAUAUGGAAGAUGGAAGCAACAGACUAUGACACACAAGUGCAAGAAUUGGUAGACGGGGCCAAGUAUGAUGAAGCUAUAAGUGUUCUCGGUAUGCUUGAGGAUGCAUUGCUAAAAGAUAAAACUGGUACUAUGCGUGAGGCGAAGAUGUUGAAAGCAGAAGUGUUGUUCAAAAAGAAGAAAUUCUCAGACAGUCUGGCAUUAUUCAAUGAGGAUGAGGUACAUGCACCUCCCCAGAGGGUACUGAAGUUGUACCCUAGAAUAAUCGCCGGAGAUCUUUCUGCGGAAUCCCCCCAAGAAGACACUAAGGAGGAGGAGGAGGAGGAGGAGGAGGGGAACGAUGAGGAUGAGGACGAAAAGGUUAAUGGCGAAAAGGCGGCAAAAGCUGAUACCCCCGUCGCGUCCCCAUCUCGACCCAGCGCCUUCGCCAAGUACUGGAUGGGACAUCGCAAAACAGAUUCUGAUGCAGCUUCAAUCGCGUCAUCCAGGAGGGCCGGUACCGAUAACGAAGACGCAGCCAGCAUAAAAGUCUCAACCAAGAAGAAGCAGGUAGUGGAUGAAGACGGCCCAUUAGAAGGGAAAGAUCUCGUCAAGGCAGUACGCGAACUAAACAGUUAUCUAGCUGGCACAAGAGCGCGUUUGCAACGAUGGAUCGACCCGGCCACUGGGAAGCUAAAACCAAGGAAACCGACAACUAAUACGGAUUCAUCUAUGAGUUUAGAUGAGAAUCUAGACGCCUUGUUGACACACCCUCACUCCGAGUCCGAUGAGCAACUAGAACAAGAACUCAAAGAGACUUUCACCGUAGUCGAUACAGCUCUCUUCCGUGGCCUAAUGUUUGUGACGCCUACACUUGCUGGGUCUUUGUUCCGUAUCCCGAACUUCUGCGAUCCGGCUGUAGUGAAUGAGCACUUGCUCAAACACAAUCGAUAUAAUGAGUUAGUCGAUUUCUUCUACGGAAAGAAGCUCCAUCGCGAAGCGCUCACUCUUCUUCGUAAAUUCGGGGACAUGGAAGCGGAAAGGGAACCCACCAAACUUGACCUUAACGGCCAUCUAGACUCAGAGGUAGUUAUACCUGAACAGCUCCGUGGCCCGCAGAGGACGGUUGGAUACCUACAAAGUCUCCCACCAGAGAUGAUUGAUAUCAUUCUCGAAUUUGCGGACUGGGUCUUACGGCGCGAUCCAGACCGGGGGAUGGAGAUAUUCCUUGUGGAUAGCGAAAAUGCCGAGACUCUGCCACGAGAGAAGGUUGUUCGGUACCUCGGCGCCAUUCACGUCAAUCUAGAGAUUCGAUAUCUUCAACAUAUUAUUAUGGAGUUAGAAGAUGGCACACCGGACUUCCAUAAUCGACUGGUAGAGCUACUAAUUCAGGCAUUAAAAGAAGGCGAACGCGACGAAUCCUGGAACGAAAAGCUAGACAGUCUAGUAGUCUUCCUAAGAGGAAGUCAGCAGUACAGUCUUAGCAGAGCGCUGAGCAUAAUUCCUCGCGAUGAUCCGGCGUUUUACGAGGCCCGAGCUAUCGUCUUCAGUAAUAUGGGUUCACACAAGCAGGCACUCGAGAUUUACGUGUUUAACAUACAGGAUUAUGCAAAGGCUGAAGAGUAUUGCAACCGCAUACAUGGGCUCCCCAGUUCUCGCCGAGAAUCUUUUGCUACAUCAUCAGGGGACGAAGAUGAUCGUGAUCCCGACUCGAAGCCUUCGAUCUAUCACAUGCUCCUUUCCCUGUACCUAACUCCACCGCCGCCAAAUAAACCCAACCUAGAACCGGCCUUGUCGCUCCUCUCCAGACAUGGCUCUCGUCUACCGGCAGAGUCGACAUUGUCUCUCAUACCUGACGACCUUCCCGUAGCCGAACUCGAAUCGUACUUCCAAGGGCGCAUGCGUGCGGCUAAUAGUCUAGUCUCAGAAUCACGUAUUAUCGAGGGGUUACGAAAGACGCAGUUGGUAAACACACAAGCGCUGCUGCUCCUCGGAGAUGGUAUCCCCGGCGGCCAGGGAGGACGUAGCAGAAGAGUGGCCAUCAGCGAGGAAAGGCGUUGUCCAUUAUGGAUGUCUAGGGAGACGUGGGCGCAGCACAAGCGGCAGUCGAACGGAACGUAUGACUGGAUCGUGGGGUAG